AUGRCGGGCGAUGAAGAAGGGUUUUGUUAUCAGUUAGAGCGUGCUUUGAGCGAUUUAAAAGAAAAAGGCUUCAAUAUUUCAAUAAAAGAAGAACAGCGACAAGCUUUAGAACAACUGUACGUAAAAAAGAAAGAUUUGGUGGCGAUCUUGCCGACUGGCUUCGGAAAAAGUUUAAUCUUUCAAGUGCUGGUUCUGUUGUCUCGUUUCGGGCUUUGCUUCCAAGAGAUCUCUCCUCUUGUUAUAGUUAUUUCUCCGUUAGUUAGUAUUAUAAAUGACCAGAUCUUGGAAAUAGAUUCGCUUGGACUCAAGGGAUGUAAUCUGGUUGACGCAAUUGACAAUUUAGACAUGUUAUCGAGUGUAGAUGUUAUAUAUGCUUCCGCUGAAAGUGCUUUGGACAGACGCUUCACGGACUUUCUCAAAGACAAGGACAAUAAAAGUUUUGUUUCAAGAAUUGUGGCUCUGGUUGUUGAUGAAUCCCACACUAUUCAAACAUGGACGGGACUUAGGUAA